AUGAAAGCUAUCAGGCGAAGCAAUGAAUGGGAUUCUAUCAGGCGAAGCAAUGAAUGGGAUUCUAUCAGGCGAAGCAAUGAAUGGGAUUCUAUCAGGCGAAGCAAUGAAUGGGAUUCUAUCAGGCGAAGCAAUGAAUGGGAUUCUAUCAGGCGAAGCAAUGAAUGGGAUUCUAUCAGGCGAAGCAAUGAAUGGGAUUCUAUCAGGCGAAGCAAUGAAUGGGAUUCUAUCAGGCGAAGCAAUGAAUGGGAUUCUAUCAGGCGAAGCAAUGAAUGGGAUUCUAUCAGGCGUAGCUUCCCUGCAUCACACAGCAUUAUUAUGACAAGGCCUGAAUGCCUAAAAACCAUCCAUACAUCACACAGCAUUAUUAUGACAAGGCCUGAAUGCCUAAAAACCAUCCCUACAUCAAAAAGCAUUAUUAUGACAAGGCCUGAAUGCCUAAAAACCUUCCCUGAAGAAACCUUCCCUACAUCACAAAGCAUUUUUAUGACAAGGCCUGAAUGCCUAAAAACCUUCCCUGAAGAAACCUUCCCUACAUCACAAAGCAUUAUUAUGACAAGGCCUGAAUCCCUAAAAACCAUCCAUACAUCACACAGCAUUAUUAUGACAAGGCCUGAAUGCCUAAAAACCAUCCAUACAUCACAAAGCAUUAUUAUGACAAGGCCUGAAUCCCUAAAAACCAUCCAUACAUCACACAGCAUUAUUAUGACAAGGCCUGAAUCCCUAAAAACCAUCCAUACAUCACACAGCAUUAUUAUGACAAGGCCUGAAUGCCUAAAAACCAUCCCUACAUCACACAGCAUUAUUAUGACAAGGCCUGAAUGCCUAAAAACCUUCCCUGAAGAAACCUUCCCUGCAUCCCAAGUGGCACCCUAUUCUCUAUGGGCCCUAAUCAAAAGUUGUGCACUAUAUAGGGAAUAGGGUGCCAUUUGGGUACAAAGACCUUUCUGUAUAAUAUGUUCUAAAUCGUAGUUGCUGGUUUGUAGUUUAAAAAAAUAAUUAACCCGGACAGCAGACAGACAGACAGACAGACAGACAGACAGACAGACAGACAGACAGACAGACAGACAGACAGACAGACAGACAGACAGACAGACAGACAGACAGACAGACAGACAGACAGACAGACAGACAGCUAGCUGUCUUGAGAGUAGCUCAUCACAAUGCUGUCUAGAUCCUUGUAUAAAGUAGCAGACCGUCUGUACAGUUGGUUGUGUUGUGAAUAUUCCUCUUAUCUUUAAACCUGGCGUCCGUUCAUGUUGUGUGUGUGUGUACCAUUGAGAUUGUACAGUAGAGCCUGGAGGAGGGAACAGCAUAUAGUUUGUAUGCCAUCUCAGCCACCUAUGUUUUCUAGGGCAAAGGGAAAACUCCACUGGAAAACAAACGCCAUCUUGUAUUCGGUUGUUUCCGGAAAGAGGUGGUAACCUUUUCUCCAUGGUCUCUCGAACCAAGAUGGAGAGAGACUGUAUGGGUUUUGUACAUUACCUUCUUCAAAACAUGAUGUCGCAUUUCUGAUCAUCCUUUUGCAUGAAACGAGGCUGAUGGAUGUGUCUGUGAACAAUACGAACAGGGAUCUUUCUUUGUCAUGUGUUGAACUGAGCAGGAGAUCCCUUCAACUGAAUCUGAGCUGGCCAGCUUCCUGAUCUAAACAGGAGAAGGUCUACAAGUUGGACUAAACUAAAAAAACAACUGAAGAAACUUCACACAAUAAGCAAUACUGGCCAAAUCCUGCUGAGAUCCUGGGGAUAAAGUGAGAGAAUUGAAUAAAAUGUCAACAUCCUGACCCUGUGAGAGGUCUGUAGUGGCCAAGACACUGACCUUUCCAGACUACAGGUUUUGGGACGUGGCAUUUCUCUGUCUGAGCUUCUCUGAGCCCCAGGCCACGGAAACAGACCGACCUACAGAAGAAACAGUGUUGGUUGGCAUUCGUCCCAUUGUUACUGAAGACAAUGCAGGUCUUCAGUAGCUCUCACUACGUUAGUAUUUCAAAAUCAAUCUGUAUCUACAUAUAAAUAGUACGUUCAGAUUGAAUCUUCUCUCCAAUGGCUCCCAUUAUGUUAGUGUUUCUACUCUAUAUACAAAAAUCACACAUUUAUUUUAACUUUGUUGUUCAAUUUAAACAUUAAAAAUUACUAGCUUUAAAAAACAAAUACUAAGAUGAUCAUUUUCAGGGUUCUGACUCCUCCCAGUAGUAUCAGAUGGAACACAUUCUGACUCCUCCCAGUAGUAUCAGAUGGAACACAUUCUGACUCCUCCCAGUAGUAUCAGAUGGAACACAUUCUGACUCCUCCCAGUAGUAUCAGAUGGAACACAUUCUGACUCCUCCCAGUAGUAUCAGAUGGAACACAUUCUGACUCCUCCCAGUAGUAUCAGAUGGAACACAUUCUGACUCCUCCCAGUAGUAUCAGAUGGAACACAUUCUGACUCCUCCCAGUAGUAUCAGAUGGAACACAUUCUGACUCCUCCCAGUAGUAUCAGAUGGAACACAUUCUAACUCCUCCCAGCAGCAGGGAUAUUGAAUUUCCUGUUUAGUCCUAUUCCCCUCUUCACAUUGCUUUUGCACCAAAUGACCCCA